AUGCAGAUAUUUCGAGUAUUAAUUGGUAUAUUAUGUAUUUCGUGUAGUUAUGCAGCUACAAUACCUCCACGUGUUGAAGGAAUACCGAUUAGCAUAAAUAAACAGAAUCUUAUCGACCUGGAAACUUUCGUUGGUCGCAGACGACCGCAAAAUACCAACAUUAAACCAGAUCCUGUCUCAAACGGUGGAGGUAUACCAGUCGGCGAGUUCAGUACUGUCACAGAAACGCCAUCUGUUGCUAGAGGAGAUAUAAGAUUCCCAAUACCAGAGUUUCCUACCCCGAAAACGACGCAGGAAACCACUACACCGAUUAAACUGAAUGGCGAUAUAACGUUUGAGAUUCCGACUUUCCCGUGGCAUACAACCACUGAUGGAUACUACAACAACAACAACUACAGUAGCUCCAACAACAACAACAGAUAUUCCUUUAACAACAACGACGCAAAGUCCAACUACAACAACAACAACAACAACGCAGAUUCCAACUACUACUACUACAACACAAUUUCCAACAACAACAACGCAGAUGCCAACAACAACAACGCAAUUACCAACAACAACAACAACAACACAAUUACCUACCACAACAACAACAACGCAACUACCAACAACAACAACAACAACACAAUUUCCCACAACGACAACAACAACUCAACUACCGACACAACAACAACAACAACACAAUUACCUACUACGACAACAACAACGCAGAUUCCCACAACAACAAAGUAUGUGCCUACGACAACUACAGAAAUACCAACAACGACAACAACAACAAAUAUUCCGACAACGCAGGUGCCCAUGACGACGACACAAAUUUCCACAACAACUACAGAUAUUCCAUCAACAACAGAAAUUCCAACACCUGCCGCGACAACAUCUGAUGUAGCUGUAACAACAGAUCCUGUAACUAAAACGACAACAACCACUGAGAUGCCGACAACCACGGAUACCUCGUCAACGACAAGGCAAACAACGGAAACCAUAACAACAGAAUCAUUAACAACAAACAAUCCAACUACACAAAAUCCUACUACCAACGCACCGACAACGCAGCAGCCGUUAACAUCAUCAACUACAUCACAGGCGUCAACUACUUCAUCCCCAAUGACGUCAUCAUCCGUUCCAGCAACUACGCCACCUGGAUUCUUUCCCUUCUUUCCAGACGACGAUUUUGAAUUUGACGACUUUUGGAAUUUUCUGGAAAACGAUGAUGACUCUGACAGUGAUGACAGUGAUGACUUCGAUGAUGAUUGGAAUUUCUGGAUGACUGGCGACGACGCCGAAUCUUUAAAUUGGUGGAACAGUCAACUUGGUUUUGGUGACAAUUCUAAACCAAAACGCAAUUCCAAGAAUACAAGGUUGAAUAAAUUAAAAGAAGUGCCACUUGGACAGGAUCAAAUAGGAAUGCUUAAAGACAACAAUAUUUUCGAUGUCAUUGAUAAAGACUUGGACAAAAUGUACUUUAACACCAAAUCCUGGCUAAAUGCCGUUAAUGACGGCCAGUCGAUGGACAAGAACACAGUUAAUAAGUUGAGAAAGUUUGACACUUUAAUUAAUGCACUUUUCUCAGAUCUAUUAACGCCAUUUGUAGAGCCAAGUUCAAACUCAAAGAAAGGGUCAAGGAAAUCCCGACGGUUAGCCAGAAAGAAUAAGAAACUGCAAGCUUCGUGAACAAAUAUUAGUUCUAGACACUAGGACAAUUUCAAGAUUGUGUCGUGGUAUUUAUUGAUAAAUUAUUAUUGUUCAUGAAUGUACAUUCACGUUAUAGUCAUGGAGAGAUUUCGUUGCUUUAUUUUUGUAUGUUUUUUUCUCAAGUAAACGCUGGACGUUUAAAUAUUUAUUUACCUCAUAAUAUCAUUAUUUUUUUUCUUUAUUAACUUGGUCGUCCAUCAAUAUCAUUAUUGUCAUUUCGUAACAUCACAAAUAGACGUGUUAACAUCAUUUAUACAUUUCCUUCCAUUUUUUUUGUUGAUUUCCCAAAUCACUUUAUAAAACAUGACUAGGGUGUAUUAAUGCUUCCCUCUAAAGGUACAAGCACGAUUUAUGUUUUUUUGUACUUUUGUUGGACUUUCGUUGGCUUUUUUUCGUUGCGUUAUAAGUUCAUAACCAUGAUAAUGGUAUGAAUUAAUCAGAGGCUUUUUUUCACGCAGACACAAAUCAUUUAUGUUUUAUGUUUUUGUAAGGUAAAUUGUUAAUUAAAAUAUAUUUAUUUCAUUUAAUAUACCACAAAGAUUCUCAAUGACCUUUGUAAAAAAAAAUUUAACAUUUUAUGGUUUAAGAUUUUGCGUUGUUUCGUAUUUUGUGAUAUUUAUGAAAAUGUCAGUGACAUAUUUUAUUACAAAGAAAUAAAUAAACUUGAAAAGUUAAAUUUUGUUGUUGUU